GUUUCCACGGACCCGCACUUUUGCAACACAGCUGGUCGCCUGCCUCAAAUUUUCUAUGCGGUUGUGUUAGGGCGCUUGAUGCUUUUUGAAGAGCAGAGAUGUGGUCCUUUUUUGCAAGGGAUCCAGUCAAAGACUUUGCUUAUGAAAUUCUACCAGACACCCACGAAUCGUCCGGACUAUGGACGCUUCAUCGGGGUAAACGAAAGACGAAUGGAGAGCCAGUGUCCUUGUUUGUGUACGAGGUCGCCCUAGGAACCGACCAGCAGACCCAGCUCGCCAAGGCAGCCUUCAAACGCAUGAAGACCCUCCGCCACCCCAACAUCCUGGCCUAUGUCGAUGGGUUGGAGACGGAGAAGUGCCUGUACCUGGUGACGGAGCAGGUGACCCCGCUGGCCGUCCACCUGAAGGCCCAGGCAGAGAAGGGCGGGUCGGGGGAGCUCGAAGUGUCCUGGGGCCUCCACCAGAUCGUGAAAGCGCUGAGCUUCUUGGUCAACGACUGCCACCUGCUCCACAACAACCUGGGCAUGUGGGCCGUGUUCGUUGACCGUGCCGGAGAGUGGAAGCUGGGAGCCUUGGACCACGUUGCCUCGGAAACGGGGGACCCCAGCGGGGCCACUCUGCCGCCGCCAAAGGCCGUCUACCCAGACAUGGAGAAGUACGACCCCCCCGAGACCCCCGGCAGCAGCGGCACAGAGAAAUGGGCUGGGGAGGUGUGGCGACUGGGCUGCCUGAUCUGGGAGGUCUUCAACGGACCGCUGCCGCGCGCCGCCUCGCUACGCUCUAUAGGAAAGGUCCCCAAGCUCCUGGUCCCCCACUACUGUGAGCUGGUGGGGGCCAACCCCCGGGCGCGGCCCAACCCCGCCCGCUUCCUCCAGAACUGCCGGGCGGCCGGCGGCUUCCUGAGCAACAGCUUCGUGGAGAGCAACCUCUUCCUGGAGGAGAUCCAGAUCAAGGAGCAGGCGGAGAAGCAGCAGUUCUUCCAGGACCUGAGCGAAAACCUGGACUCUUUCCCGGAGGACUUCUGCAAACACAAGGUCCUGCCCCAGCUGCUCACCGCCUUCGAGUUCGGGAACGCGGGCGCCGUGGUCCUCACGCCCCUCUUCAAGGUGGGAAAGUUCCUCUCAACGGAGGAGUACCAGCAGAAGAUCAUUCCAGUCAUCGUGAAGAUGUUCUCCUCCACCGACCGGGCCAUGAGGAUACGACUGCUGCAGCAGAUGGAGCAGUUUAUUCAGUACCUGAACGAGGCCGCUGUCAACUCUCAGAUCUUCCCCCACGUGGUCCACGGCUUCACGGACACCAACCCCGCCAUCCGGGAGCAGACCGUCAAGUCAAUGCUGCUGCUGGCCCCCAAGCUGAACGAGGCUAACCUGAACCAGGAGCUGAUGCGGCACUUUGCACGGCUGCAGGCCCGGGACGAGCAGGGGCCGAUCCGCUGCAACACCACCGUCUGCCUCGGCAAGAUCGCCCCCUACCUCAACCCCGCGACCCGGCAGCGGGUGCUGAUCUCGGCCUUCUCCCGGGCCACCAAGGACCCCUUCCCGGCCUCGCGCUCGGCCGGCGUUCUGGGCUUCGCCGCCACCAACAGCUACUACAGCCUGGCGGAGAGCGCCGCGCGGAUCCUGCCCAUGCUCUGCACGCUGACCGUGGACCCCGAGAAGAACGUCCGCGAGCAGGCGUUCAAGACCAUCAAGAGCUUCCUGACCAAGCUGGAGACGGUGUCAGAGGACCCCACCAUGCUGGUGGAGCUAGAAAAGGACGUGACCUCGUCGGCGCACCCUGCGGGCGUGUCCUCGAGCUGGGCGGGCUGGGCGGUGACGGGCGUAUCCUCCCUCACCUCCAAGCUGAUCCGGACCGCCCCCGGGGCGGAGGGGGUGACCGCGGCGCCGGAGAACAGCGGCCUGACCCCCGGCCCGGCCAGCACCCCCGACGCAACGCCCGUCCCAGCCUCUGCAGCUGCGGCUCCACGAGCCCCGCUUUCUCACCCUAGCGCAUUAAGCCACGCCCCCCAGACAUCAGCCAAUGAGGGAGCCAGUGACGGGGAGCAGGAGCCCAUGGCGGACCGCUGGGACGAGGAGGAGGAUUGGGGAAGCUUGGAAGAGCCGGAGAAAGCCAACGCGGCCUCGGACGACUGGAGCACCGAUUGGUCGGGAACGGCGGCGUCGAAAAAGAAGCCCGGGGGCAGCGGGAUGGCUCGCCCUUCGGCUGCAGCCUCAAAGAAACCCGGUUCGGACUGGAGCGGCUCGGCUUGGGACGCCGACGACAGCUGGUCCAACGACCGGGGCGCCCAGAGCCCCCCCGCAGAGGACGCCUGGGGCGACGACUGGGGGGCCGAGCCCACGGGUGACCAGCCCGCGGGGGGCGAGGAGGCGGGCGGCAGCGGGCAGACCGCCCCGCUGCCCGCAGGCGUGCGGCUCGCCAGCGAGUACGACUGGGACACGGGCCGGGGGGGCGGCACCGGGGCCGGCCCGGCCCGGGCCGGCGGCCAGAGCGACCUGUUCGCCAGCGUGUCUCAGAGGAGCGCUGCGGCCCCCGCCACGGCUGGAGAUGUGUGGGGUUCAGAGACGGUGGGGGAAUGGGGGGCAGAGGAGAGCUGGGAGUCGGUGGAUGGAGGUCAGGCGGGUCUCAGCAAGGCCGAGCUGUCCAAGAAGAGGCGCGAGGAGAGGAAGAAGGAGCUGGAGGCCAAGCGGGCCGAGAGGAAGGCGGCCAAAGGGCCUCUCAAGCUAGGCGCGCGCAAGCUGGACUGAGCCCCGCGGUGACAAACAACCCCCCACCUUGGCAGGAGGGCAAGGCCCUGGGUGGGGCUGUACAACCAUAGGACCCUGGCUCCGGGGGCAACGGUGCAGGAAGCAAGAUGGACAGGGAGGCAACGGCCGUCCACCAUGGAGGCUGCUCGCUGGUUGGGCUGGUACUGGGGGUACCCAGUGCAUUGUCUUACUCUCUCCAUUGAGAAAGUAUGAGAAGAAUGCUUGAGUACCACCGCACCCAUCUAAGGCCGUAAGAAUUUUGUUGUUUGGUUGCUGGAGCAGCAAAAUGAGGCGAGUCCAUCGGUUUGGAUGAAGGGAAUGGUUAAACAACUAAAGCUUGCAAUAGGAGUGAAAAAUAUCUACAAGUCCAAGAUGUGCCUCUUGUGGCAAAGUCCAUGGUCAAGCUAUCACAGAAACCUGCUCCCCUAACCAAAUUUGUGGAAACCCACAUUUUGACAUGCAAUUCUAAAAGGGACAGUUGUACAGUGAAUGUACAAUAUCAUCUUGUCCAUUCACAUCAAGCUGUUUUUAACCAGAGGAUGGGUAGGAGGUGUGUAUCUAUACAUUAUAAGGUAUAAAAGACUCCCUAAACAUGUUUUGUAGAUUGUUUUAUGUAUUAAAUAUAUAUACAUCGAGAGAGCUAUAUAAACCUGCACACAUGCAAAGAUCAAUGAAUGUUUUCUAUUCCACCGUCUAAUCAGUACGAUAGCUUCUGCUAUAGGUAAUUUAAUUAAUUGUCCUGCAAUGUAUCCUACUGUACAUCUAGCCGCUGACUUCACUGACAUCACUUAGACCUGUUCUAAUACUGAAAAACAACAGUGAAUGAUGCAAGUCAUCAGGAUCUCUUGUCUUCCGGAAUUAGACGCUCUCUUAUUUUUAUUUUUUUAAAUGAAACUGCCAAUCAUGUUUGGUAGUUUGUUUGCCAAAUAAAAGAUGUAAGACUUCUAA